CAAAAUACGGAGGGUUAUUUUGGUCCAUCAACCUUCCUAGGGUUUUGGUUUGAACGCUAAUGAAACUAUCAAACGAGGCCGCAGACCCAAUUCUUCCCUCUCAGCAGCUCUAGCAAUAUUCAUCAUCUGUAUCUUCCGGUGCUUAACCUUUGUUUGCAGUUGAACAAUUUUCCAAGAUGCAGAACGAGGAGGGACAAAAUAUGGAUCUCUACAUUCCCAGAAAGUGUUCUGCCACAAACAGGCUGAUCACGUCCAAGGAUCAUGCAUCUGUCCAGAUCAACGUUGGUCAUUUGGAUGAAACUGGCCGAUACACUGGCCAAUUCUCCACCUUUGCUCUCUGUGGAUUUGUCCGCGCUCAGGGCGAUGCUGACAGUGCUCUCGACAGACUCUGGCAGAAAAAGAAAGUUGAGGUCCGACAGCAGUGAUGCGUUUUGGCUUCUGGUCUCAAGCAGUUCAAUUUCUUUGCUUAUGCUUUCUUUCUGGGUCUCUGUUAUAGUUCCCUUUUAGAAUCUCCAUCUAUGAAGUUUUACUAUGACUUCUGUGCUAGAAUUGAAAAUUAAUGUUUAUUAAAAAUGGUUUUGGAGAUUUUUUGCCUGAGGUGUGAAAUUUUGUUUUUUGUU